AUGCCCGCCGACAGCCAGGAUCUGCAUCCCACGACGCGCCUCCCCGAUCUCGCCGCGCCGCCUGCCCGCUCGCCGCUGCUUCAACCUCCCGCUCACCUGGCCGCGCCGUCGGCGAGAGAUGGUCGAGGCCGCCUCCCUCGCCGGCCCCUCGCCGCGCUGGUCGCAUCGCCGGCGGUCGGCCGCCUCGCGACGAUGUUGGUCCUCGCGCGCUCCUUCCACCUCCAUCCCCACGACCUCCCAACUAGUCCUACGAGUCCGCGGCCGCCUCUUGCGAGUCCGCUGCUGCCGCGUGAUUCCCCGCCGCAAGCGACUUCGCCACCGGCGCGACUCCCCCAGCCUCGACCUCCUCCGAUUCCAUUAGUGCGGCAGCUCCCUGUCGUCACCAUGACCAUCCUCCCCGCAGACCUGGACGAGACCGUGUUCCGCUAG